CGCCACCGCUUUUUGCAGUGCGCCCUCUCUCUCUCUCUCGCUGCGCUCUCUGCUCUCCUCUUCCCACUCCCACCCGCGUGGACGGUGUUGCAACCGGCCGCGCGCGCGAGCAGCGAGCUGCCUUUCUGGAAGGUUCUGUUGGGAUGGUGGGGAGGAGUUGGGGUGGUGGGGGUGGUGGUGGCGGCGGCUCUGUCGCCGUGCAGCUGUGGCGGCGCUGCUGCCUCCUGCUGCUGGUCGCCGCCGCCGGCGCCGCCGCGCAGCGGUCACCGGUGCUGCCGCCCGCCUACAAGACCUUGUCCGGUAAUCCGCCCCUUGUUAUAGCUAAAGGUGGCUUUUCAGGAGUGUUUCCUGAUUCCAGUUCAAAUGCCUUCACUUUUGCGUUGACCUCUACCUCGAGCGCCACAACUCUGUGGUGCGAUGUGCAACUAACCAAGGAUGGUGUCGGAAUUUGCCUCCGAGAUUUACUUAUGAACAACUGCACCAGUAUAGACCAAACUUAUCCACAGGGAAAGAAGACGUACAUUGUCAAUGGCAAAAAGCAAGAUGGAUGGUUUCCUAUUGACUAUACAAUGUCUUCACUGCAAAGUGUUAUCCUAACACAGGCAAUUUGGUCUCGCCCCGACAAGUUUGAUUUUGCCUACCUUCCCAUCCUUCCUGUUACCAAUUUGACAUCCUUGGUCAAGCCAUCUUCUCUUUGGCUGAAUAUUGAGCAUGAUAUUUUCUACAGACAGCAUGGUUUGAAUAUGACAAAAUACAUCCUUUCAAUUUCAAAGAAUGCUGCGGUGAAGUAUAUCUCAUCGCCUGAAUUGGGUUUUCUCCGAAGUAUACUGGGAAGAGUUAAUCGUAAAACAAAGCUAGUGUUUCGCUUUCCUGAUGCAGCCAGUUCUGAUCCUUCUUCAAACCAAACAUAUGGUUCUUUGUUGAGUAAUUUAACAUUUAUUAAGACUGUUGCCUCUGGCAUAAUAGUUCCCAAGGAGUACAUUUGGCCAGUGGCACCUAAUAACAACUAUAUUCAGCCUUCCAAAUCUAUUGUCGGAGAUGCCCACAAUGCAGGUUUGGAAAUAUAUGCUUCUGACUUUGCAAAUGAUAGAAUUAUCCCUUAUAAUUACAGCUAUGAUCCGGUGGAAGAAUAUUUGCAUUUUGUUGGUAACGGUAACUUCUCUGUUGAUGGAGUAUUAACAGAGCACCCAGUUACUGCAGCGAUGGCUAUUGGUUGUUUCACUAAUUUGAAUGUAAGCAGUAAGACAGAUCAUGGGAACCCAUUAAUUAUCUCCCACAAUGGUGCUAGUGGAGACUACCCAGACUGUACAGAUCUGGCUUAUCAGAAAGCGGUUGAUGAUGGCGCAGAUGUCAUUGAUUGUACUAUUCAGAUGACCAGUGAUGGAGUUCCUAUAUGCAUGAGUUCAAUUAACCUGUUUGACACCACUAACGUUCAGAGAACCAUUUUCAGUUCUCGUGCUUCUAUCAUCAGAGAGAUUCAGACAACUCCAGGAAUCUUCACAUUCAAUCUUACUUGGGCUGAAAUUAGCAACAGUGAUUUGAAGCCCAAGAUAUCUUCCCCAGAGAGUUUAUUUUAUCUUGUAAGGAACCCAUUGUACCAAAAUGCAGGAAAAUUCUUCAGGUUAUCUGACUUUCUAGCAUUUGCGAAAGAUAAGGAUCUUUCUGGCAUCAUGAUCAUCAUAGAGAAUGCUGCAUUUAUGGCAGAGUCAUUAGGUUUCGACGUUGUUCAAUCUGUAGCCAAUGCCUUAAGUGAUGCUGGUUAUAAUAAUCAAACUACAGAAGGCAAGGAUGUUAUGAUCCAGUCGAAAGAUAGUGCUGUUCUUGUCAAAUUGAAGCAGCAGGAAACCAAAUACAAGCUUGUUUACACUCUCCCACCAAAAAUUGGGGAUGCAUCUGCUUCCUCACUUGUAGAUGUGAAGAAGUUUGCUGAUGCUGUUGUUGUUCAGAGGGUAUCUAUUUUCCCCACAAGCCAGGGAUUCAUCAUGAGGGAAACAAAUCUUAUGAAAGAUCUCCGUUCUGCUGGGCUAGCUAUCUAUGCACAGGUGUUCCGGAAUGAGUUUGUAUCACCACCAUGGGAUUUCUUUUCUGAUGUGACGGUAGAAAUCAAUACCUAUGUUCAAUCAGUUAAGAUUGAUGGCUUCAUAACUGAUUUCCCGAAGACAGUCAAAAGAUACAAAAUGAACUCCUGUAUGGGUCUGGGAGAUAACAUGCCUCAGUACAUGUUGCCUGUGGAAAUCGCCGGCCUCGCGCAGCUACUCAACGGCAGCACGGUUCAGCCACCAGCUCUGUCACCAAUGCCAGUACUGAGCUCAUCAAACGUCACUGAACCACCUCUACCUGCUGCGGUGCCAAAGAAUGCAUCUGGUGGUGGUAGUGGUAGUGGUGGCACCCCGGCACCCGGCGUGCCGCCCUCUGCCGCUCACCCUGCUUCUGCUACCACAAGAACCGGCAUUCUGCUGAUGGUAACAGUGAUCUGCGCAUCUCUGCACGUCUGAUCUGACAUCAGUUGUUGAGGCUGUGUAAUUGCUGUUCAGUUUUCAGAUUCUCCAUAGUUCUGGGAAAGCUGCUGUCUAUCCAUGUUGGAUCUAGAUGUUUUGGGGGGAAACCUCUGAAUAUUUGUUUCUUCCUGCUGUGUAAAUCUGUUUAUAGGAGAAGGGCUACAUUGUCAAGCAGCCACUGAAGCCUAAUGUCUGAUAAGUGUAGAAAUACAUUGCUGACUCAAAGCUGGGAGCUUCAGUGUAAUGUUGGAGUAAUUAAUUUCAUCUCCUGUCUGAAGAGAUGCAUUUGGUGAUAAUGAUUCCACAUGAAGAGUUUGGAUAGAUCUGGGCUAGCUUAUUCCCCAGUUUACUUAACCAUAAUAA